ACCAAAGUACAUGACUGUAGAAAGAAGGAAAGUUGGUGAUUUCACUGCAGAAACUUAAUAUCAGGAAGUUUGAGGACAAUAUAUAAUUAUUGUGCACAACACUGAAAGGGAAAUUACUACUAACUAUUGACAGGGAAAUUACAAAACAAAUCCUGUUAUAAUGGAGAAGUACAUGAGUGAUAUAACACAUGCUUCGGAUGAAGUGCCUGAAAUGUUCUGUGAACAAUGUGAACAACACAGUGUAUAUGCCGCUGCUGAAGGAUUCUGUGUAGACUGUUCAGAGUACAUGUGUAAAACGUGCCUUGUGUACCAUAAGCGGUAUAUGCCCGGACAUACACAACAGGAUACCAGUACUAUGUCGCAUGAUUAUUGCGUGGAAAAAUGCUCCAUUCACCCAAAGCUCUUACUAAAAUUUUACUGUCAAACCUGCGAGAAAUUUGCUUGCACCGACUGCAAAAUAAAUGACCACAAAAACUGUGAACAUGUUGGUCACAUUUCAACAUUUGUAAGCCAUGUUGAAAAUAAAGAAGCUCUUGAAGACAUAAAAGAAUACAUUGACUAUUUAAAAGGAGAUUUAGAGGAAAUGCAGAAAAAGAUAAGCCAGAAUACAGAGCACAUCAGUUUACAAGAAAUCAACGCUAAAAAGACAAUGUACGUCCAUAGGGAGAAAAUGAAGAAAAAUCUACAAGAUAUGAAGCAAGAAAUGGUUGACAUUUACGACACAGAGAUAAAUGAUGCUGAAGAAAUUCUAAGAGAGUUACGGCAGAAAAGGGAAGAAACCAUUGAAUGCUUUAAUGCAAAAGAAAACAUAUUAGAAAAGAAUCUGAAAGAGGCAGAAAUGGAUAUGGAACAGAAAAUUGAAGACACUAAAGUUGCUGAUUUAACUAAAUUAAGUAAUAUAGAACAGAAAAAUACAGAUAUAGCAAAUGACCUUGAAAAAAUGAUUCUCAAUCUUGAACAAAAACAAAAAUCAGGUGAAAGAUGUAGUACAUUUAUAGCAGUCAAGACAAGUCAAAAAGUUCUUGAAAGUUUUGAAGACGAUAUGAAGGAACUGAAAGACAACAGUAACACGAGUGACUUUAAAGUUGAAGCGGAAGCCAAUAGUUUUACAUUUGAAACUGUUGAUUCUACGAAGAAAUUUUUCUCUUACAAGAAAAUUGAGAAAUCAAGGAAACAACAAAGUGCUGUACACCAUUCACAACUGCAAAUUAAGCCUGUUCAUUACACAAGUUUGUGUCUACUGAAUGAAAGCAAGCUACUGAUUACAGAUUAUAAGAACAGUAUGAUAUAUGCUUUUGAAGAUUUACUGGAAAACAAACUCCUCUCUGCACUUCAAAUGCCAUCGGCUCCUUGGGGUAUAACGAAAGUAAACGACAAUGAAGUUGCUAUUACUUUCCCGGAACUUGGAAUAGUUCGUUUUCUCGAGUUUUCUGAAAUGAUGACAGUGAUGAAAACCAAGGACGUAAAGGUUGGGUAUGAAUGCUAUGGUAUAGCAUGUGGACGUAACCGAUUAAUCAUCUCUUAUCUCGAUCCGUCAAGAGUUAAGAUUCUAGAUAUGUCGGGAAAUGUUUUAAAAUGCUUCGAUAAAAAUUCCGAGGACAGCCCAUCAUUUAGUUCUCCGAGACACUUGGCGCUAAGUCCAAAUAAGCGACUUAUAUAUGUAUCUGACAGGGACAACAAUUCCGUGACCAGUAUGACAUUUGAUGGGAAGGUCAAGGCCAUCUAUAAAGAUAAUCAGCUAACAGCUCCAUUCCAACUCGCAGUGGAUAGGGAGGGAUUAGUGUACGUUUGUGGGAGGGGCUCCAACAAUGUUCAUCAGUUGUCAUCCGACUUAACUAAGAUUAACAUUUUGCUGAAUGACAAACAUGAACUGGUAAAGCCAGUGAGUGUUGCCCUUUGUGAAGAUGAAAACAGACUAUAUAUUGGAAGCUUCAGCUGCAACAACAUACAGGUGUUUGAAUUAAUGCAGAAAUAGACAAGAAUAAAAGUAUACAUUUCCUAGAAAGUACUUUAAUGUCAAUGUUUUAAAAUGUUCAGUUUGUAAACAACAGUAUACUCUAUUCAAAAAAUUGAUUUAGCUGGUAAAAACUUUCAUGAUGUCAACCAGAAUUGCUAUUUUACCAGGGAUAUGACUUGUUGGAUUCUCAAGACUAAAGAUAAUAAAAAUUAUAAUUUUA